UCUUGCCAGUUCACCCGACUCUUUCCCCCCUCAUAGAUUUCCAUCUUCCUUUUCUUCCUUUUCCCCAUCCACCAUCUAUCAACACCCACCCCCCAUCACCAUCACAUCUCCAUCUAUCAUCUGUCCCCAAAUACCAAAACCGCCACUCCCGCUGUCGUCGCCCUCACAGUGAAUGAGAUCGCGGUGAUCCCCCCAUCACCUCCAGCAAUCGAAUCCGCCUCCCCCCCCCUUUGCGACGUCCAAACCCUCAUAUGGAGCGGUGACCCCCCAGUGCAAAUCAUCGCCCUGUGAGUUGGAGAGGCGCGCCCCCCCCGUGAUGGACUCGAUGUACCACCCUGGCGUGAUGCACCGGCCGGCAGACGACGAUGAGGAAAGGCUGCGACGAGACAGGAUGAUGGACGGCGCCAGUGCGAGCAACACCACGACAACCACCACGGCCACCACGGCCACCACCACCACCACCACACGGCCCUACACCAGCGCUGCUUCUCCCACACAACCCGAUUUCCAUCCGCCUUUCUCCCCAACCAACGGCUCCGGUGCUCAUCCACGGCCACAAUUCAACAGCCCAUACCAUCCGCCAACACCGGCUCCUCUUCCCAUUCCCGCGGCCUCGCACAUUCCUCCCGGUCCGCCUGCUUCACCACGCUCCUUGGCCGCGCCCCCAGCGUAUUCGAAUGAUUUUCCAUCCGCGCCACGCGAAAAAUCAUCCAGCAAUUAUUACUACGACCCAACCUCGGACUCGGGAGAGAGGAGAGCUCCGGAAACCUCCUCCUGGCACGAGCCUCGAGCGCAUACACCGCAGCCACAGAGUCGAGAACCAUAUGCCUACCCAGCGGCUCCUGCUGAACCGCCGAAAUUCUACAAUAGUGCAUACACGUCUCCAGUGAAUGCGAACUUCCCGCCACAGUCGCCCAUUUCGCACGCCCAUCCCCAACGCCCGUCCUCCAUAUCACAAUCGCAAUCACCGAGGAUGGCUUCGAUGGCAUCACCCGUUGCGCGACAGAACGGCGCUGGCGUGGGAGGACCAGUGGUCAAGCAGGAACCUGCGGCUCCAGCAGCGGUGUGUGCUUUACCUAUUCAAUCUGCGAACAACGCGUCUAACGUACACAACCACCAGACACCCAGCAGACCAGCAGACCCAAUGGCCUUCUCUAGUAUCCUCUCCAAUGCGGAGCCAGCUCCCCAACUGACCCCGACUCCUGCCGUUGCAAAACCGCGAAAGCCCUCACGAGAAUCAAAACCGGCGCCACCCAAGAUAGAACCCAUCUCCGGAGACAGCUCUCGACAGUCCUCCCUCGCCCCCGCUCCGCCACCCACCGUAUCACGCGUACCUGCGAAGAGGAAGGCGAAUGGGGACCCGAAGCCGAAGAGCUCUCCGAAACCCAAGCAACCCUCUAAGGAGCAGGAGAAAGAGAUACAGCAACUGAUGGCUCAGCUGGAAGCAGAGGCUAGUGAUGACGACAUGACUGAUUUUGAGGACGACCUGAAAAUCUACCAGGCACGAUCUCUAAAGCGGAAGCUUGAUCUUGAAACUAUCGAGAUGGGCAGAUCCAAGCAACGGCGAACGCUCUUUGCCGAGAAGAUGGCUACCAAACUCGGUCAUCAUGCUCACUUCGGCGAGGAACGCUAUAGAGCCAUCCACCAAGAUGCCGCCGUGACUGCCGUCCAAGAGAAGGAGGUCCAAGCAGAGAAGGAACGCAAGAAGGAUAUGCAGCGCAAACGUCGCCGGGAGAAGACCGUUGCCACGAACAUCGAACAGAAGGAGAUUGCCAUGGCCAAGGCACAAGCGGCCGAGGAUGAGCAGGAGAGGCAGAAGUUCAUCCGGGAGGCGCAGAGAGCCGAGAAGAAGGCCCAGCAGACGAAGAUUAUACUUGCACGCGGCGAAAAGGGACCCGAGAUCAGAGCAGUUUCCCCCAUCGAGCCCAAUUUCGCUGGAGGCAUGAUGACCACCUUCACGGCAGUCGAGCCCGAGCCCAAGCCGAAACCCAAACGCGGUGGCGGUGGUGGUCGCUUGCGGAAAUCGAAGGAGCAGAAACAAGCCGAGAAGGACGCUGCAGAAGCCGCGCAAGCUGCCAUUGACGCUGGGGAGCAACCUCCCGCACUUCCAACACCGGCCAAGGAGGAGCCCAAGAUCAGGAUUAAGUUGAACGCCAAGGAGCCAAAGGAGGCGCGCGAGGAUUCUCCCGCGAGCUUCGAACCCUUCGUGUCUAAGGGAUACAACCAGAUCUACGAUCAGAUCUGGCGCGAUCUGGCCCGGAAGGAUGUCAGCAAGGUGUACAAGAUUGCUACGGACUCGUUCAGCAUCAAACUAUCGAACUUGAAGAAGACAGCCAUAUUAGCAUCAAAAGAAGCCAAACGGUGGCAGCUCCGCACCAAUAAGGGAACCAAAGAUCUUCAAGCCAGAGCGAAGCGUGUCAUGCGAGAAAUGAUGUCCUUCUGGAAACGCAACGAGCGAGAGGAACGUGACCUCCGCCGGGCGGCCGAGAAGCAGGAAAUCGAGAAUGCUAAGAAGGCGGAGGCUGACCGAGAAGCCAACAGGCAGAAGAGGAAACUCAACUUCUUGAUUUCUCAGACCGAGCUGUAUUCGCAUUUCAUCGGCAAGAAGAUCAAGACAGACGAGGUCGAACGUUCUACAAAUCACCCCGAUGUUGCCGUUCCGGAUAGCCAUGAUUCGGGAGCCUCGCACACCAUCACAUUACCCGAUGGAACUGUCACCACUUCUGGGAAGGUCACGAAUUUCGAAAAUCUUGACUUUGAUGCAGAGGAUGAUUCCGCUCUCCAGGCUGCAGCUAUGGCCAAUGCUCAGCACGCUAUUCAGGAAGCACAGAACAAAGCCAGAGCAUUCAACAAACAGGACGAAGGGCCAGCUCUGGAUGAGGAAGGCGAAAUGAACUUCCAGAACCCGGCUGGCAUGGGUGAUGUUGAUAUUGAGCAGCCUAAGAUGCUUCAAGCCCAGCUUAAGGAAUACCAACUGAAGGGUCUUAAUUGGCUGGUCAAUCUCUACGAACAGGGUAUCAACGGUAUCUUGGCCGAUGAGAUGGGUCUGGGUAAGACGGUUCAGUCGAUCUCGGUCAUGGCCUACCUCGCGGAGAAGCACGGUAUCUGGGGCCCCUUCUUGGUCGUUGCGCCAGCUUCUACCCUCCACAAUUGGCAGCAGGAGAUCACCAAGUUCGUGCCCAUGCUCAAGGUCUUGCCCUACUGGGGUACAGCUGGUGACCGAAAGGUGUUGCGAAAAUUCUGGGACCGCAAGCACAUCACCUAUACGCAAGAUGCUCCUUUCCACGUUCUCGUCACCUCAUACCAGCUCGUCGUGUCAGACGUCAAUUACUUCCAGAAGAUGAGAUGGCAAUACAUGAUAUUGGACGAGGCUCAAGCUAUCAAGAGCUCUCAAAGCUCGAGAUGGAAGAGUCUUCUCGGCUUCCAUUGCCGUAACCGUCUGUUGCUGACCGGUACACCGAUCCAGAACAAUAUGCAAGAAUUAUGGGCUCUUUUGCAUUUCAUUAUGCCUAGCUUGUUCGAUUCCCAUGACGAGUUCAGUGAAUGGUUCUCCAAGGACAUCGAGAGUCACGCUCAAAGUAACACCAAGCUCAACGAGGAUCAGCUCAAACGAUUGCACAUGAUCCUGAAACCAUUCAUGCUUCGCCGUGUCAAAAAGCAUGUUCAGAAAGAGCUUGGUGACAAGAUCGAAUUGGAUGUCUUCUGCGACCUCACCUACCGUCAACGCGCAUACUAUGGAAACCUUCGCAACCAGAUUAGCAUCAUGGACCUCAUAGAAAAAGCAACAGUUGGCGAUGAUAAUGAUACUGGUACGUUGAUGAACUUGGUGAUGCAGUUCCGAAAGGUUUGCAACCACCCUGAUCUCUUCGAACGGGCCGAGACGACCUCGCCGCUCUCCUUCGGCUAUUUCGCCGAGACUGCAUCCUUCAUGCGAGAGGGAACCAAUGUCAAUCUCGUCUACUCGACCCGAAACAUGAUUGAGUACCGCUUACCACGAUUGAUCUGGCGUGAAGGUGGCCGGCUUGAUUUGCCAGGACCAGACAAUGAGAAGGCUGGCUUCAAGGGCAAGUACCUUGAUCAGCUGCUGAAUGUUUGGAAGCCUGAAAAUAUCCGACAGCAAGCACAUGAGAAGGGGAAUUUCUCAUGGCUCCGAUUUGCAGACUCUUCUGUGGAAGAGGUGGCGAACGCCUCCCGGAAGGACGUCUUUGGGCGGGCUGUAGAUCUUGCCCAAAAGCCUCGUCGACUGGGAAUGCUCAGCGUUAUAUACGAUGAGGAAGGCGAGAAGGAUUUCACUCCAGCUCCAGCCAUGCUUCGGAUCGUGGAUCGCCAAGAUCCCAAACCAUUGGCGGAAGUCACUAGUGAAGGGUACCUGAACAAGCUUUUCAACGUUUCUAACGAUGUCUGGUCGGAGUCUGGUCUGGGUCGACUAGAACAAUGCGGUCGACCAGCUGCUUCUGCUCCACCCAUCGAGGUCGUCUGCUCCAGCCGCGGUGCCGUAAUCGAGAAGGAGAACAUCAUGUUCAACGUUUCAGUGCGCAGAGCCCUAUAUGGGCCGUCCCCUGUUGAGGAGAAGGCUCUCAUUACAUCCAAGAUACCUCCGUCGCUCUACCCGCCGACUAAGAUGCUGCCAACACCAACCUCGGAGAAGCAGCGCUUCACCAAUAUUCGUGUACCUUCCAUGCGCCGUUUUGUCACCGACUCUGGCAAGCUUGCCAAAUUGGACGAGCUCCUUUUCAAACUCAAGGAAGGCGGCCACCGUGUUCUGUUGUACUUCCAGAUGACGAGGAUGAUCGAUUUGAUGGAGGAGUAUCUUACCUACCGAAACUACAAAUACCUUCGUCUGGACGGUUCUACCAAACUCGAAGACCGUCGAGACACGGUCCACGAUUUCCAAACCCGGCCCGAGAUCUUCAUCUUCCUUCUCAGUACUCGUGCGGGUGGUCUCGGUAUCAACCUCACCUCCGCUGACACCGUCAUCUUCUACGAUUCAGAUUGGAACCCAACAAUCGAUUCCCAAGCCAUGGAUCGUGCGCAUCGCCUCGGUCAAACAAGACAAGUCACCGUGUACCGUAUGAUCACUCGUGGGACGAUCGAAGAACGAAUCAGGAAACGAGCACUGCAGAAAGAAGAGGUGCAGAAAGUCGUCAUGACUGGUGGCGCAGGCGGUGGUGUUGACUUCAACACCCGAAGUAAGGAGAAUCGGACCAAGGAUAUUGCCAUGUGGUUGGUGGAUGAUGACGAAGCGGCUGAGAUUGAGAGAAAGGAGGCGGAGAUGGCGGCUCUGGAAGCGAGUCAGCCGGAGAAGCCUGGCAAGAAAGGGAGAGGAAAGAAGAGGAAGGCGGAUGGUGGCGCCGGUGGAGGGAGCUUAGAGGAUUUGUAUCAUGAAGGCGAAGGACAUUUCGACGAUGGCAGCAAUCGACCAUCAGGAGCCGCGACUCCUGUCCCGGGUGAAGCUGGCGCAAAGGGCAAGAAGCCAAGAAAAUCCGGCGGAGGCGGCAAGAAAGCCAAGACGGCAAAGCAGAGGCUUGCGAUGGCAGAUGGGGAUGUUGAUAUGGGAUAAUUCAUAUUGCUGCCUGACCUCAUUCGACACCCAUCAGUGUAUUCGAAUUGAUAUCGGACUCUACAAGGGACAAAGGGUAAUGUAGUCCACGCGUGGACUAAUCUUCGAGGAUUCACGAGGAAAACGAGAUAGAGAAAGGA